UCGUUUUCGUUUGACAGUUGACGAUUUCUUCCUUCUACCUUCUGCAACUUUUGGUGUGUUUUAAAAUGGCAGCGAUAAGUUUAUUAAAUCCCAAAGCCGAAGUGGCCAGGGCUGCUCAAGCCUUAGCCGUAAAUAUAUCAGCAGCGAAAGGUAUACAAGAUGUAAUGAAGUCAAAUUUAGGACCGAAAGGAACCGUGAAAAUGUUGGUUUCCGGUGCCGGCGACAUUAAAAUAACCAAAGACGGCAACGUUUUGCUGCACGAAAUGCAAAUUCAACACCCGACAGCAUCGCUCAUAGCGAGAGCUUCGACCGCUCAGGACGACAUGACCGGCGACGGUACCACCUCGACGGUUUUGGUUAUUGGGGAAUUAUUGAAGCAGGCGGACAUUUAUGUCGCUGAAGGCUUACACCCACGGGUUUUGACCGAAGGCUUUGACAAGGCUCGAUUUAAGACACUGGAAAUUUUGGACAAGCUUAAAAUACCAAUUGGAAUUGGCCGGGAAAACUUGUUAGAUGUCGCACGGACCAGUCUUAGAACUAAAGUGCAUACGGAGCUGGCUGACGUUUUAACUGAGAUUUGUGUCAAUGCCAUCCUUGCAAUUCGUCAGGAAGACAAGCCUGUAGACUUGCACAUGGUUGAGUUGAUGGAAAUGCAGCACAAGACGGCCACCGACACUCAACUAAUUAAAGGAAUUGUGCUCGACCACGGCUCCCGACAUCCUGAUAUGCCGAAAAAGCUCACCAAUGCCUAUAUCUUGACAUGUAAUGUUAGCAUGGAAUAUGAGAAGAGCGAGGUGAAUUCGGGAUUCUUUUACAAAACUGCGGAGGAACGCGAGAAGAUGGUUACAGCGGAAAGGGCAUUUAUCGAGGAGAGAGUUAAGAAGGUGAUUGCGCUUAAGAAGAAGCUUUGUGACGGUACAAAUAAGUCGUUUGUCGUCAUCAAUCAGAAGGGAAUCGAUCCGAUGAGUCUAGACAUGCUCGCCAAAGAGGGUAUUAUUGCUUUACGUCGCGCUAAGCGGCGCAAUAUGGAGAGAUUGGCAUUGGCAUGUGGGGGCGUAGCCAUGAAUCAUUUGGAUGAUCUUCACGAGUCUCAUUUGGGAUACGCGGGUCUAGUCUACGAACACGUUUUGGGCGAGAACAAGUUUACAUUUGUCGAGGAAUGCAAAGUGCCUCAGUCGGUUACGAUCCUAAUGAAGGCACCCAAUAAGCACACACUAGUGCAGAUCAAAGAUGCCGUGCGUGACGGUUUGCGUGCCAUUAACAAUGCGCUCGAGGAUAAGGCGAUCAUACCGGGUGCGGGUGCCUUCGAGCUGACCGCCUAUAAGGAGUUAAUGAUAUUCAAGGAUUCUGUAAAGGGGAAGUCGCGAUUGGGUAUUGCCGCUUAUGCUGAGGCUUUGCUGAUCAUUCCCAAAGUUCUGGCAGUCAAUUCUGGAUUUGACGCCCAAGACACGAUUGUCAAGUUACAAGAGGAGUCACGUUUAAAUCCCGAACCUGUAGGAUUGGAUUUGAGUUCGGGCGAGGCGAUUAAUCCAAAGCAAAUGGGCAUAUACGAUAAUUACAUUGUUAAAAAACAAAUUAUUAAUUCGUGUUCGGUAAUCGCAAGUAAUUUGUUAUUGGUGGAUGAGAUCAUGCGAGCUGGGAUGAGCAGUCUUAAAGGAUGAUUCUGUCAUUAAUCUCUUUGUAUUAGUAUUUAUAAUUUUUGUUUACAGCUCGUUUUCUACUUUCUCAUAACAUUCUCAUACUUUCUCUGCUUAAUAAAUGCAUUUAACAGUCUUU